GCGCGCGCGCGCGCGCGUGUGUGUCCAUGACGCGGCAGUGGUGGGGAGGGUGGAAGGACAGGGAGGGGAGGGGUGCAUUAUACUUGGUCUCCUCCGCUUCCCGCACUCCUUCGCUCUCCACCGCCACCGAGGCGCAGGUUGGGCGCAGGCGGUGGCGGGCCGGCAUGGAGAGCCUGUUGGAGAACCCCGUGCGUGCUGUCCUCUAUCUGAAAGAGCUCACGGCCAUCGUGCAGAACCAGCAAAGCCUCAUCCACACCCAGCGCCAGCGCAUAGACGAACUGGAAAAGCGGCUGGACGAGUUGAGCGCUGAGAACCGCAGCCUGUGGGAACAGCAGCAGCUUCUGCAAAACCAGCCUCCGCCUGGGCUGGUCCCCCAGGCGCAAGCCCCACUCCAGGCUUCCCCGGCUUCUGCUAGGGCCAGUUCCCCUGAACCUCCCCAGAAUCAGGGACAGCUCUCUUCCAUCGCCUCACUGCCACCGCUGGUAGUGGCUGCGCCGCCGCCGCCUCAACCACCGCCGCCGCCGCAGCUGCAGCAGCCAACUCAGCACCACGGACAGCUCGCAACACUACCCCAGCCGGGCCCCAGCAGAGCUUUAACACCCCAAACACCCCACCAGCAUAUCGCGGUCUCCGGAGCCGCUGCCGAUAAGGAAAAGGAGCGCCCCCCUUGUUGCGCCGCUGCUGGAACCCUCCUCCCCCACAAGCCCCCUGCCGCCCUCGGCAAGGGCGUCCUAGGCAGGAGACCUGAGAAUGAGACUGUACUACACCAAUUCUGCUGUCCAGCUGCUGAUGCCGAACAAAAGCCUGCAUCUUCAGACCUGGCCUCCCAAAGUGACGACUCCUACAUCCAUGCCGGGGGUGGCACAGAGGACCCUUCGGCCAGCAGACCCAGCGCCCAGGAGCUGCAGGAGGAGGAGGAGCUGCUAGGGGCAGGGGGGACCUCCGUGCUGGCAACGAAGGCCAGCCUCCACCACACAGCCUCCCCUGGCCAGCAGCAGCAUGCCAAGAUGCUCUGCUCCCAUGCUCCUACUGCCUCUGAUUACGAGCUCUCCCUUGACUUAAAGAAUAAACAGAUUGAAAUGCUAGAACACAAAUACGGAGGCCACCUGGUGUCCCGGCGAGCAGCUUGCACCAUUCAGACAGCCUUCCGCCAAUACCAGCUUAGCAAGAACUUCGAGAAGAUUCGCAACUCCCUGCUUGAGAGUCGGCUUCCCCGGCGAAUCUCCCUGCGCAAGGUUCGGGUCCCCAAUCCAGAGACUUUUGCGGCCGAGAAGGCUCUGAUGGAGGGCUACGGGCUGAUGGGGCUGCCCCUGGUCCGCUCUCCAUCUCUGCCAGCCACCAUCACAGGCACCCUCACUGAGCUUGAGGACUCCUUCACAGAGCAAGUCCAGUCUCUGGCUAAAUCCAUAGACGAUGCUCUCAGCACCUGGAGCCUCAAGACGAUGUGCUCCCUCCAGGAAGGGGGCUCCUAUGAGAUCCAUGAGACCUUCCAUGCUGGGGGGAUGGGCCCUCCCGGUCUGGAGACAGAAUUGAAGGAGCAGGCGGAAGCUGGAGAACUGAGCCUAGAAGAGGAGGAAGAGGGCAGUGGGGCAGGGGGUGGGCUGCCCAAAAGUCGAAGCACUCUCAUGAUGGCUUUCCGAGAUGUCACAGUCCAGAUCGCCACGAAGAACAUCUCGGUUUCCUCCUCUACAGCUGUUUCUGUGGCCAACUGUCUGGGAGGGCAAGAGACUCCGGUUGGAUUAGCCCCUGCGGCGGGCAAAGGGGAAGCAGAGGAGGGAGGAGGAGCGGAGGCUUUGGCUUCCCCUGCAGUGAGUUCAGCCGCUCCAACUACUGGGCACACUUGGACAGAAGGUGGGGCCGUUGGGGACGUUAAUACGAAUGGGCAGGAGGCUGAGGGGGCAAUGGGUGAGGAAGAGGAAGAAGAAGAGGAAGUUGGGGGGUCAUUCAAAGGAGGUGAGACGGAGACUGGUGACAACUCGGAGCAACUAAGCAGCAGCAGCGCUUCCACCAAAUCUGCCAAGUCAGAGGUGUCAGCCUCCAAGGAGGCCCUCCAGGCCAUGAUACUGAGCCUGCCCCGAUACCACUGCGAGAACCCGGCCAGCUGCAAAUCCCCCACCCUCUCUACUGAUACCCUUCGAAAGAGGCUCUACCGCAUCGGCCUCAACCUCUUCAACAUAAACCCAGACAAGGGCAUUCAGUUCCUGAUCUCCAGAGGCUUCAUCCCUGACACUCCCAUUGGUGUGGCUCAUUUCCUCUUGCAGAGAAAAGGACUUAGCAGACAAAUGAUUGGAGAAUUCCUGGGAAAUAGUAAGAAGCAAUUCAACCGGGAUGUCCUGGACUGUGUGGUGGACGAAAUGGACUUCUCCAACAUGGAGUUAGAUGAGGCUCUGAGGAAAUUUCAGGCCCAUAUCCGGGUCCAAGGGGAGGCCCAGAAGGUGGAGCGGCUCAUCGAAGCUUUCAGCCAGCGCUACUGCAUGUGCAAUCCUGAGGUGGUCCAACAGUUUCACAAUCCUGACACCAUCUUCAUCCUGGCCUUUGCCAUCAUCCUCCUCAACACGGACAUGUACAGCCCCAAUAUCAAGCCUGACCGGAAGAUGAUGCUGGAGGACUUCAUCCGGAACCUAAGAGGUGUGGAUGAUGGAGCUGACAUACCCCGGGAGCUGGUGGUGGGCAUCUAUGAAAGAAUCCAACAGAAGGAACUGAAAUCCAAUGAGGACCAUGUCACCUAUGUGACCAAGGUGGAGAAGUCCAUUGUGGGCAUGAAGACAGUGCUGUCAGUCCCACACAGACGCCUGGUCUGCUGUAGCCGGCUCUUUGAAGUCACUGAUGUGAACAAGCUCCAGAAGCAGGCAGCUCACCAAAGGGAGGUGUUCCUCUUCAAUGACCUGCUGGUGAUCCUCAAGCUUUGCCCAAAGAAGAAGACCUCCUCCACGUACACUUUCUGCAAGUCCGUGGGCCUGCUAGGGAUGCAGUUCCAUCUUUUUGAGAAUGAGUAUCAUUCCCAUGGCAUCACACUGGUGACCCCAGUGUCGGGUUCAGAAAAGAAGCAGGUAUUACAUUUCUGUGCCCUGGGCUCAGAGGAGAUGCAGAAGUUUGUGGAAGACUUGAAAGAAUCCAUUGCUGAGGUCACAGAGCUGGAGCAGAUCCGAAUUGAAUGGGAGCUGGAGAAGCAGCAGGGACCAAAGACUCUUUCAUUUAAGACCAGUGGAAUUCAGCCUGACCCACAAUCAAAGCAAGGAUCUCCUACAGCCACCAAAAGGGAAGCUGCCGAGAAGGCGAUGGACAGCACAGUAGAGGUGUCAAUUCACAACAGGCUUCAAACGUACCAGCACAACUCCAGGCUGGGGUCCGAGAAGGGAGUGCCGCCGCCGCCGCCACCACCACCACCACCACCAUCGCCAGGCUUGCCGCCUAACUCCCCAAGGGACCUGCUGCCGCAGCCGCUGCCGCCGCCGCCACCCACCCCCCCAGGGACCCUGGUGCAGUGCCAGCAGAUUGUCAAAGUCAUUGUCCUGGACAAGCCCUGCCUGGCCCGCAUGGAGCCCCUCCUGAGCCAGGCUCUCACCUGUUACGCCUCUUCCUCAGAUUCUUGCAGCUCCACUCCCCUGGGAGACCCUGCCACCCCAGUCAAGAUCAUCCACCAGCCCCCCCUCCCUCCACCCCCUCCUCCUUAUAAUCAUCCACAUCAGUAUUGCCCUCCGGGCUCUCUACUCCAGCAAAGGAGGUACUCCAGUGGUUCCAGGAGCUUGGUGUAACCGCUGCCCCUCUCCCGUUCACUCCGCCACCACCCGCCAUGAAUCUGGCUCCCCCAACAGCGUACAUUUCCUUCCCACUCCCCAGUAUGUUCCUAAACCUCUCCUGGGAGCUCCGCACCCCUACAUGGCUCCCCACUCUCGCCCCAACAGAAAUGCUUAGCUCCUGACUAACGCCCACAGUAAUUUUUAAAGAAAAAAAAAAAGAUCAAUGGUUCCUGGUCUCCCUCUCCCAAUCCCAUUCUUCUCCCUCAAACCAAACGGCUUUGCUGAACCCCGAUACCUGGGAAACCCACCUCAGGUCUCUCUCUUCCCUCCCCUCAUAUUCUAGUUCCUUCUUCUUCCAAUGGCCACAUUUCCACCGUCCAACUUGGACUAGAGGCUUACUCCCCAGCAGGAAUUCAAAUGGAGGGGAGUUCCUCCAUUUCCCACCCUGGCCUUUCCUUCUCCCUCCGCAAAGGUGAGGGAUGAGUGAGCCUGGAGCCAUUGUUUUCUUCCAGUAGUUGGGAGGGGUAGGGUGGAGACAGAGGAGAAGGGACAUGGCUGGCAGCAAGCCUGAAAGCUUGCUUGGCCAAGUACUUGUGGGAGUAAGCAGAACUGGUCCUGUUGGGACAGAGGAGGACUGAGCCAUUCCCUCUUGCCUCUAGAGAAGCCAGCCCUAUACACUUGAUACAAAUCACCAAAAUUAGCUUCUAGGACCGCAGAGCUAGACAGGACCUCUAAGACACAACUAGUCUAUCCCUCCUGCCUUCAGGCAAAACUACACCCAAUAGAUGCCAACUUAACAUUUAUAAGACCCGUCAAAAGAACGACCAUGACUUUCUUUGGUCACUACUCUAGAGCAGUAAGUUCUUGCAAGCCAGAUCCUUUUUUGUGAUGUCCUCAGAGAAGAAUUGUCUUUUGUAGAAUACUAGUAAUAGCUCACACCUCUCUGACACUUUGUGGUUUACAAAGAGCUGUUCCUCCCCACAAACCGUGAAUUAAGUAACACAUGCUUUAUUCCCAUUUUAUAGACGAAGAACUUGAGGCUUAGAAAACUGAGUUGCCUUGCCCAUAGUCACAUAGCUAGGGUCAGUUAAGACAUAGAGCCAGGGCCUUUGACUCUAAAACCAAUGUAUCUGCCCCUACACCAUGAUGUCUGACCUUUGCUCCAUCCCACCUCCAUCUUUGAGCCCAAUAAACAAGCAAUGUAUGGGGUAAGAGGUUGAGAUGAUGACCCUACCUAUAGGUGAUAGGUAGCAAAACUUGGAAUGAGGCAAACUUCCCCCUACAGCUUCUUCCAAAAUCCCAGCUCCUAAUGCUGGAUCAGGGUCAAGGCAACAGAGGUUUGGAGGAAGGCUGAAUAGCUCCCCCUAAAUAGCUCCAUCCAAAUGACCUGGUCCUUUUAGAACAAUCUGACCCUGAUGUCAUCACCCCUGUUUCUACAACCUUCUGCCAAGUCUCUGUCUCUUCAACUCCUUGACCCUAACUCCCAUCCUCUUAUAUCUGGCCCUUUCUUUCAUUUCUUAUGAAUCCCAGCCUAUUAAAUUAUAGGACCCUGGGACUCCUCUGUGAACAGAAGUUUGGGUUUUUUUCUCCCUUUUCACAUCGACCCUUCUGAAAAUUAUUUUUCAGUUUAGGUAUGAACUUCUCCAUCCACUGAUGAAGCAGGGAGGCAGGAAUCACUUUUUUUUUAAACCCUUACCCUUAGAGUCAAUACUGUGUAUUGGCUCCAAGGCAGAAGAGUGGUAAGGGCUAGGCAAUGGGGGUCAAGUGACUUGCCCAGGGUCAAGGAAUCACUUUUAAAGCAAGGAAAUCUAGAUUUCCCCUAUUGGCAUAGAGAGGGGACAGGUAUACCCAAGAAGUGAUGGGCAGCUAGGAACAAUAGGCAAGGGGAAAGAAUUAUAAAUGGGAAGCUGAGCCAGAAGGAAAGAAGGAAGAUGAGAAUUGAGGAAAUGGUUAAUAUAGAAGGGUCAUGAAUAGGAUUGACUAGAAUCAGGACACAAAGAGUGGAAUUAUGAAAAAGAGAUCUAGACAGACUAGAGUAUUGGACCAUCUAAUAAAAUAAAAUUUCAUUUUUGUAAAGUCUUACAAAUGGGUUAAAAAAGAACCUCACAAAUACAAGUUGGAGAUUUAGCUAGACAGCAGUUUAUAUUAAAACUGGAGGUUACUGAACUGCAAAUUUAAUAUAAGUCAACAGCAUGAUAUGGUAGUAAAAAAAAAAGAUUCAAAGCGAUUUUUGGUUAAGACAUAUGGGAUCCAGGGAUAGGGAGAAGAUAUUAUCUAGUCUACUCUGCCCAGGUCAUACAGUAACUGAAAUAUUGUGUUCAAUUAUGAGUGUCACAUUUAAGAAGGAUAUCGGUAAUCUGAAGUGUUUAGAGGAAGGCAACGAAGAUGGCCAAAGGUCUCAAGAACAUGCCAUCUGAGGAUUAGUGGAAGGAACUGAGCAUUUUUAUUCUGGAAAAGAGAAGAUGAGUAAAACAUGAAAGCUGCUGAAGGGCUGCUUUGUGAGUGAAGAAUUAUAUUUACACUGUUCAGUACCAGAGGAUAGAACCAGGAACAGUGGGCAGAAGUUGCAAAUAGGCAGAUUUGGACUUGUCAGGAUAAAACAGACUGAUCCAGAAGUGAAAUGGGUUUCCUUGGGAGAAGUUAUAGGCUCCUUUGAUGCCUUUAAGAAAAGACUGAUCAUCAGUCAGAGAAGCUGUAGAGGAGAUUCUUAUUUGGGCAUGGAUUAAACUAAAUUAAACUAAAACUAUGGCCUCUGAAGUCCCUUCCAACUUGGACUUUGUGACCUAACCAAAAUAAUGGGCUGAUUUACAAAUGAUGGCAGAAAGCAGGAAAGAAUCCUGUGGAAUCAUGCUUAACAGACAGGGCCUGGGACAUUAAUGCAGUUGAUUAUUCUCUUUCCCUUCCACCUUUGAACACCUCUAACAACUUAAGGAUUCAAUUAGCCUAUCUGUAGUCCCCUCUCCCCCUUCUAAUGACCGGAUGCUCCUCCUAGAGUCUCUAAAUUUAUUGGCAAUAAUUUCCGAAUUCCUAAUGGUCCUUCCUUUCUCUAUUUUUCCUGUCCUAUCCCUUGCGGGUGGGAGGAGUAAUCCUAGCCACAUAGACCUUAAUGAGCUAGAAAGGACUUCAGAGGUCAUGCCACCUUACUUCACAUCCCAGAUGAAGAAAUUGAGAUCAAGAGAAUGGAGGGGUUAGGAUCUGAGAUUUCUGAACCCAAAUAUGAUGCUCACAGGUUUUGAACUGGAAGAGACCUUAAAGGUCAACAGAUCCAGUGCCCUUGUCUUACUAAUGAAGAAACUGAGAUCCCAGAGAGGUUAAAAGGUUUGUCCAAGCUCAUAAAAGCAGUAAGUGGCAGAGCUGGGAUUUGAAUCCAGGUCUUCCAACUUCAAAUUGCAUGUCCUUUCUAAUGUACCCCACUCCCUCUCAUUACUUUUUUCCACCACAUAAGAAAGAAUGACAAAAUCAAAAAUUUGGAAGGAACCUUAGAGCCUCUCUAGUCCCAUACCUGAUACAGAAUCCUCUUUGUAAUAUCAUUGCUAAGUGUUCCUUCAACAGCCACAUAAAGUCCUCUGAUGAGGAAGGAACCCUCCACCUCCUGAGGCAGCUCAUUCCACUUUGAGUUAGCUCUAAUUGUUGAGUUUCCUUUUGACUCCAUGCAACUUUCACCCAUUCCUCCUGUUCCUACCCAGUGAGGUUUAUCAGCUCUCUUAAAACACUUGAAGACAGCUAUUCUGACCCUAUUUCCCCUACCACUCCAAAUGCUUUUCCAAACUAAGUAUUCCUAUGCUCAUAUGGCAUAGUUUCCAGUUAGCUUACCACCCUGGGGACCUUUUCUACAUGAAUGGAUGUCAGUGUACCCCCACUUCAAGUGGUCAUGUUGGUCCCAGGUCAUGUAGGAAGUCUACAAUAGAGGGGGGACUAGAAUUCAAGAGACAUGAAAGGCCCAGGGUCUGAGAAAUCUGGACCAGAUGCUGACUGUGCUGCUAGUAAUGUCUACAUCCUGCACAAGGUAUCCUCCACAUCCACACUCUUGAAAAAUGGGACAGAGUCCCUAUAUCAAAUUUUAUGAUCUCUCUUCCCCUCUGUCCACAACUGUGGACAAACCAUCCUACCUGCCCAUGUCUGCACCUGUGUCACCAAUUUCCAUAGCCAAGCUCCUUGAGAUCUGACCUAUUCCUCAGCAUUAAACCCCUGGGUUGUUCCUCCUCCAUGCUAGUAGCUCUCUAAGAGCACCAACUUUGGCAUCUUUGGCCAGGGUUAAGGCAGGAUACUUCCUAGAGUACACAUUCGGGGAUGGGUCUUAAAAUAUUCUUCUAAGACUGUCUUCCUUACCUCCUUCCCUCUCCUUGGCCACAUGCACAUAGGAUCCCUGACCAAGCACCAGGAUGUUACACACCAGGUUUGGGCUUUAAUAUUCUUAAUCUUCAUCUGAAAGAGAUAAGUAUAGCUUAACCUCUAGGAUACUGAGUAAGAUUAGUACCACCCUCAUCUCUGUUUCUAAGCCUUACCUGUCUCUGAUUUCAGAGAAGAAAAACAGCUUUGCUGUCCCUUAAACCACCUAAUGUGCUCACAGUCACAUAUGAAUUAAUUGUGCCCAACACCAAUCCUAGAGUAAAAACUAAAGGUCAGUUUCCACCAGGGAAAUUCCCAUCUGUCCUUUCCACUCACUCUCAUUUCCCCAUCAUCAGGCAGGACUCUGACAAUCAUAGGGAUGAAAGGACUUAGAGCUGUAAGGGGCCCUAGAAACCAACCCCUCAUUUUACCAAUGAGGAAAUGGAGGCCCAGGAAGGUGAAGUCUGGGCUGGACCAGUUUGUCCCUCUCCUAACUUUACCACACCUUUAGAGUCCUCAGACACUCCUUACCCCAGCAACCCUUGACCCUGCUCUUGCACAACCCAUCUGAAUGUUUCUCUAUAGCCAACAGAACCCAGCAGCCUAGGUGUAGGCAUCUGCCAUCUGUCUCUCUGUGUCCUGCUGUACAUAUGUCCUUGCCACCCUUCACCCCAUAAGAGAGAAGCCUCUCUAGGGAAAUGUGGGGUGACAACACCAUUAAAGAAUCCAAAUGGCAAAUAUUUUGUAACAAAAUAGCCCAGAGGUAUUUUAGCUGUUCAAAUCAUAGAGUUUUAGAAAUUAUAUUGAGAUAUGUCACUUGCGCAAA